AUGCUCACAGAAGGAUUAGACAGCAGUCCCGCACAGCGACUCAUGUCCCGUAGACUUAGGACGGGACUUCCCAUGGCAAACAGUUUACUUUUCCCCGAGGUGGUAGAAGGAGUUUCGGAGAAACUGAGGUGGAAACAACGCACGACAAAAUUCCAUUACGAUGCGAGAGCCAAAGACCUCCCAGAGCUAAAUGUCGGUGAACACAUCAGAAUGAGACCCCUGCCUGGAGACCGCACAGCUGAUUGUGUUUGUCAGGAUGUGGAGCAGGUUUCAGUGCGUGCGGCUGAUGGGACAGAAGCUCAGGAUUCAGUCUGGAGCGUCAGAGAUCAGAGAUCCAGAGACACACAGGACUCAGAGCUCAGCCUCACUUUACUCUGUUAUACUGACGCUCAGGAUCAUGAAUCCACUGAUCAAACCUCUGACUGUAACGCUGGAGAACAGCAGAUGCUGCAGACGCCGCUGAAGAUGUGCUCCGUCAAACUGCUGGACUGCAGGAACCUGAUGGAGAGCCGAGGAGAAGAAACCACCGCAGAGAAAGAACAACAACACAGUGAUGAGGAAGAGGAGGAUGAUGAUGAGAAUAAUGGGGAUGAUGAUGAAGAAGAAUUCAUUCCUCCAGAUGACGAAGGCUGUUCAUCUUCUGACGGAGAAACAUACUUAACAUCAAAAGAUCAGCUGACGGUCAAGAGUUUCUCCUGCGCCACCUGUGGAAAAACACUGAGUUCAGAGGGUCAUUUAGCGAGACACGAGAGAACACACACAGAACAGAAAGACUUCAGCUGUAAGAUAUGCAACAUCAGCUUUACUACCAAACAUGUACGUGUUCACACCAAUGAGAGGCCGUAUCAGUGCAGUGAAUGUGGGAAAACCUACACAGACUCAAGCUCUCUAAAGUCACACCAGAAAAUCCACUCUGAUGAGAAACCGUUUCAGUGCAAACACUGCGACAAACGAUUCCGUCACAAAUCCUUCCUGAUUUGUCACGAGAGGAAUCACACUGGAGAGAAACCAUAUCUGUGCUCCUACUGCGGGAAGAGCUUUGCUAGUCCAUCUCAAUUUGUAUUUCAUAAGCGAGUCCACACUGGAGAAAAACCAUAUCACUGCAGUGUUUGUGGGAAGAGUUUCAGUAAGGUUGAUACUUUACAAAAGCACAAGAGGAUUCAUACUGGAGAAAGACCGUUCAAAUGCUCACAGUGUGACAAGACGUUUGCUCGAUCAGACAUCCUUAAGGUCCAUCAGCGAGUUCAUACAGGAGAGAAACCUUACUCCUGCUCCAUCUGCGGCGAGAGAUUCGCUUAUUUAGGUAGUUUUCAGACCCACCAGAACAAACACGCUAAAGAACAAACUGCUCCAGAAUCAUCAGAGUGACUUUCAUCAGUCAAUCUGGAGAAAACAACAAAAAAAUGUUCAUUCAGCUCUUACUGCCAGUAGGGGGCAGUGAACUUUUUUAAUGCGGUGGAUUGAUCCAAGUGCUGUAUAUAAAGUCAUGUUUGAUAGAGUAGAGCAGUGGUCGCCAACCCGUCGAUCGCGAUCGACUGGUAGAUCUUUAUCACUCUCCCAGUAGAUCCCGAAAAAAACAGUAAAAUAAGUACAAAAAUGCAUUACAUUUAUCGGGUUGUAUUAAUGUAUCAAUGAAGGCAACUGUCUUGA